CGUUGUAUGAUAUCAUUGUUUACUUUUUUCAGUGAGUGGUUUAUUAACCUAUUUAUAGAAUAAACGUUUAACAAUGGUUAGGACAUAUUAAACACUCAACAUUUAACAUUGAGUUUACUUUUAUUAGAGAUCGUGAUAUAUACAUGUUUGUUUACUUAUAAUAUUUUGAAAUGAAGGAGUAAAAUAGAUCACAUACAGUUUAAAACCGUUAAAGCGACCAUGGACAUGGACGAAAGCGAUCGAUUGAAGUCUCGGUUUUCAGAAACCCACCAUGCAAUUAUUGAUACAAAAAAGACGUGUGAAUGUAUAUUAAGACGUCUACAGCAACUUCUGGAAAAACCACAUAUAUGCUCUUGCACAGAUGAACUACUACAUGCGACAGAAGAAAUUUGUAGCCUUCGAAUUAAACUGGAAUGCCUUGAAAACUCACGCACGGAAAAUGAACGGCGAUGCUUAGAGCUGCAGACACAACUAUCAGAACUAUACAGUAGUAUGACAUUAUUACAAAAUGAAAUAACACGUUUAACAUGUCCUGCUGAUUCAGAGACGAGCGCUGAAAAUGUGCCUGUUUUGGGUGACAAUACCAAAUGCGCUGCAGGUUAUGUAGGUGCCACUAAAGACAACACUAAAAGAGUCCUUGGAAAUGUAAGUAAGACUAACCAAAGUAUCGAGCAGCGCCAAAGUGAGGUGCCUCAUGACACCCAAAGUCAAGGAGAUGUAACUCUUGAAAGAGAGCAUAAAAACAAAACUAUUGGUGUGGUCUCUAAAAUAAACGCAUUUGCUACUGCAGGAAACAAAACUCAUCAAACAAACAACAAUAAAAGUUCCAAUGGGGCUUCUCCUCGAGUGGACGUUGUUCGUCAAAGCUAUCAGGGCCACAAGUUAGGUUUGAUGGAGUGGCAGUUCCUUUUUAGCCAAGAAAUAGACGAAGGAAAAGCUUCUGGAAUUAAGAACCUCGGAGGCGUACACAAUGUCGUUUUGCUAGAUAUCUCUGAGAGUAUGGAAGAAGCAUGGCCGGAAGUGACAACUUUCUUCAACGAAUAUAUAUCAGGUUUAGAGUUUUGGGCAACUCAAGGUCUACAUGAUGAACAUGUUGCUUUAGUUACGUUUGGACAUGAAACCAAAGUUCAACAAAGGCUAACAGACAAAUACAGAAGUCUGAAAACGGCGUUCAAUCGACUAAAGGUAGGCGGACCAUCGCCACUCACGGCAGGAAUGUUGAUGACGUUUGCAGCGGCUGGAUCGUCUGAAAGACAAGUUUGUUUUAUAAGCGGCAUAGUAGUUCCAACAAGGGUGAUCCUUAUCACGGAUGGCAAUCCAACUGACACAUCUCUCUAUAUGGGACCCGAUGAAGCUACUCCUUCAAAAUUAGAUGAGGCAAGAAGUGAAGUGAUAAGUGAAAUGGAACAGGCAAGACAGUAUAACUUAGAUAUGUUCAUCGUUCCGGUCGGAAAGGCUAAUCUUGAGUUCAUAAACCUGAUUGCAGCAGUUGUCAAUGGGAAGGUGAUUUCACAUCAGGAUGGCAAUCAGAUGUCAAAGAGAACGUUGCUGACGCUGCAGUGUGGCCCUCUUGGCGGUCACAUGUCACCUUCACUUUCUUUGUCAGAAAGAGACAAGCAUGACAUAAAGGAAAUAAAAGAGAACUCGCCAUUCUUUGAUAAGUUAAUGAAAAACCCGAGUGACGACGAUAAUUCCUACAAGGAGAAGUCGGACAGUAAUUUGCCUGUCCAAGGGUCAAGGGUAAGAAGAGGUCCAGAUUGGCGUUACGGUGACGACCAAGACCAAGGACUGGCCGGGACGAUCGUUGGACAUUGUGAUGAUGGACAACGCGUGUGGGUGGACUGGGAUUCACCGGGAUCCAACCUGUUCCACUAUCGCUACGGGCUGGGCGGAGCUUAUGACGUCAUCUUAGUGGACGAACAACGGCGUCUUGGCGACGAUGAAGUAAUGGCUGUUGGCUGCCAUGUGAACCCAGGCCUGGGAUGGAAAAGUUCAAACACAGAUGUUGGCCUGCAAACUGUCGGUGUUGUGUUGCGUGUUCACAUGACUGGUGCGGUCCCGAAGGCGCUGGUACGUUGGGAGAACGGUACAAGAGGAGAAUAUUUGUACAUGACAGAAAGCCAUUCGUUACCGGAAAUUCAACUUGUGUCUGCUGGUACACCAACAAGCACACGCCAGGGUUUAAAGUCGAACUUUAAACGAACAAGAAACAAGAAUAAAAAUUAGAAGAAAGUCUGCGUAACACGGCUGUGUUGGAAUACAAUUAUGCCUGGUCCUGAACACGUCUUAGCUGCGCCUGUUAUUCAGAUUCCUACUUAAUGAUGUGGGGGUUUUUAUAGCUCAAACCUGGCUCAAGACCACGGUUAUCUACCGCUCGUUGCUGCUAUACACAAAAUAAUUUGUGUCCAUAAUUCUGGUUCAUGUUGACUUAUGAAAUGGUGCAAGGACUAUUUUCUGGUUUGAAUGAUUUUACAAAAAUGUAAAUCUGUAGAGAUUUAUUGAUUUCUAAUGUCUUUUUCGUGAAAUGUUAAAAAAACAAAGCAAUUAAAAACAUAGAAGGAUG